GGAAGCAAAUCGCUUCUGCUUUUCCUCUUCCCCUUGCUUAAGCUGGAGAGGAAGCAGCAGAGGGAGGAGGCAUUUACUUAAGCGGAUUCUGCAGAAAGAGGACCGAUGGGAGAGCGGGUAUAUCCCAUCCCUUCCAGCACCAAGCCCGCUUUCCUGCCUUGCAUUGCCUUUCCUGGAAGCCAGCCCCUCCCAUGGGCGCUUUACAUCGGAUGCUUAGAGAGCUGCCGGAGAAGCAACGUUUUGCAGGUAAAUUAAAUCAUUGUCCAGAGAAAACAACUUGACAAAGACUCUUUGGCUAUAUGAGACUAACUGUGGGUCUAAGGAGAUCUUUUGGCUGCGUUAGAAGUUUCACUUGAGCGCAAAGAAACAAAAAAUGAAUUUACAAAGCUCUGUAAGUAAUGGAUCAGGGAAGGGGACAGAAAAAGACCCUCCAAGCAUCCAAGCUGUGAGUGGCAGGGAAUUCUGGGAAAGAACAGUGCAGAAGAUCCUGGAAGGAGACCCCACCAGCUCAGAUGUCAAAUGCCAGAGACUCAGGCAGUUCUGCUACCAGAAGGCUGAAGGACCCAGAGAUGUUUGCAGCAGACUCCACACCCGUUGCCAUCAGUGGCUGAAGCCAGAAAAGCACACCAAAGCUCAGAUGCUGGACCUGGUGAUCCUGGAGCAGUUCCUGACUGUCCUGCCCCCGGAGAUGGAGAGCUGGGUCAGAGAAUGCGGAGCGGAGACCAGUUCCCAGGCGGUGGCCUUGGCAGAAGGUUUCCUCCUGAGCCAGGCAGAGGAGAAGAGGCAGGAGGAGCAGCAGGCACUGGGUAUGUUAGCCAAAGUGACCACUGAUCCUCUGCAGGCAGAGAAGGCUCCGUCAGACACCAGGCAGAAGCUGCUGUUCAAGGGGAUCCUGCGGGAGGAGGAGGGGGAUGGAGCAACCACCUCACUGGGCAGUGAAAUGUCCCUGGAGAUUCCUUCUAGGCCGCCUACUCUUGGUGGAGGAGUGGAAGGGGUUGCUGUGCAGUCACCAGAUCAGGGACCCGUGUCCUUUGAGGAGGUGGCUGUGUGUUUCUCCGAGGAGGAGUGGGCUCUGCUGCAUCCAGGCCAAAGGGCUGUGCACACUGAAGUCAUGGAGGAGAUUUUUGGGCAUCUGUCCUUUCUGGGAAAGGACUUUCUGGGUAAUCAGAGGAAGAACAGAAAAAUGGGGGAAGCAUCAAGAAGAAAAACUGAAGAAAAAGAGAAGAAGACCGCAGCUUCUGAAGCGACAGACUUCUGUGCAAUUCAAGUUGAAGAUGAGGCUGGUAACAUCCCUCUAAGAGGAAACAUCUUAACUAAUAAAUUACAUGUUAGUGCAGAUCACAGAAUCCACACAAGUGUGAAAGCGUGUCAAUGCACAAUGUGUGGAAACAGCUUCAGCGAUCAGUCGAACCUUUAUGAACACCAAAGAACCCACGCAGGAGAGAAACCAUGCUUGGAGUGUGGAAAGAGCCACAACAAUGCCCUUGUUGUCCACCAGUGUGUCUGCAAAGGAAAGAAACCAGAUACAUGCUCCAAGUACGGAAAGAGCUUCAGUGGUAGAGAUAAGCUUCCUUCCCAGCAAAGAUGCCACACAGGAAAGAAACUCUAUACCUGCUCAGAAUGUGGAAAGAGCUUCAGUCAGAAGGCUUACCUUUCUGUGCAUCAAAGAAUCCACACAGGGGAGAAAGAAUACACAUGCUCAGAAUGUGGGAAGAGUUUCAGCUGUAACUCAAGCCUUACCUCCCAUUACAAAAUCCACACAGGAGAGAAACCCUAUACAUGCUCAGAGUGUGGAAAGAGCUUCAGACAGGAAGGCCACCUUUCUGCCCAUCAAAGAAUCCACACAGGAGAGAAACCCUAUACAUGCUCAGAGUGUGGAAAGAGCUUCAGGCUCAAGGGCCAUUUCUCUGCCCAUCAAAGUAUCCACACUGGGGAGAAACCCUAUACAUGUUCAGAGUGUGGAAAGAGCUUCAGUCGGAAUUCCUACCUUUCUGUCCAUCAGAGAAUCCACACAGGGGAGAAACCAUCUACAUGCUCAGAAUGUGGAAAGAGUUUCAACUGUAACUCAAGCCUUACCUCCCAUUACAAAAUUCACACAGGGGAGAAACCAUAUACAUGCUCAGAAUGUGGAAAGAGCUUCAGUCGGAAGGGCAAGCUUUCUGCCCAUCAAAGAAUCCACACAGGCGAGAAACCAUAUACAUGCUCAGAAUGUGGAAAGAGCUUCAGGCAGAAGGACUCCCUUUCUGUCCAUCAAAGGAUCCACACAGGCGAGAAACGAUAUACAUGCUCAGAGUGUGGAAAGAGCUUCAGCUACUACUCAAAGCUUGCUCACCAUUAUAAAAUCCACACAGGAGAGAAACCUUAUAGAUGCUCUGAGUGUGGAAAGAGCUUCAGUCAGAAGAACUCCCUUUCUGCCCAUCAAAGAAUCCAUACAGGAGAGAAACGAUAUAAAUGCUCAGAGUGUGGAAAGAGCUUCAGCCACUGCUCGAACCUUAUCUACCAUUAUAAAAUCCACACAGGAGAGAAACCCUAUAAAUGCUCAGAGUGUGGAAAGAGCUUUAGACAGAAGUACUACGUUUCUAUUCAUCAAAGAAUCCACACAGGGGAGAAACCCUAUACAUGCUCAGAGUGUGGAAAGAGCUUCAGCCUCAACUCAAGCCUUACCUCCCAUUACAAAGUCCACACAGGAGAGAAACCAUCUAAGUGCUAGGAGUACAGAAAGAGCUUCUUUCAGAGGAUACAUCUUACUUUUCACUGGGGUGCGGGGGAAGAAGUCGUCUCACAGAAGAGAAGCCAUAUGUUUGCACAGGAAACAGAGCUUCAGGAAGAAAGCUGUCAGGAACCAACCACACCCAGAGAUUGAAGAAACCUCUUCCAGGAAGGAGGAGGAAUUGAUCUCUGCACAUGCUUCUGGCACCUGGCAUAAUUUUGCAAUGAACACAGCUCUUGAGUGACAACCAGAGUUCGCCUUCCCAUAGGAGAUAUCACCCCUUCCCCUGCCAUCUGGACCUCUGGCCUCCCUUAACCCUGUGCCCCCAGUAACCCCAGGAGGAGCAGCAGCAACAGCAGCAGAAAAUGUGGGCUGAGGUCUAGUACCAGUGAGGGCAUGCCUCUCCAUAGUCCAGAUACAUCAGAUACUUCCAUCCUUUCCCGUCCAUACAGCUUACAAGGACUUGAGGGAGGUGGACAGAGGCUUCUUGUGGUGGCCUGUGGGUGUCCAAGAGGGAAAGUACUUGCAUGGACACACCCUACCUGUGAUGGUGUGCUGCUGCACCCAACUAGAAUGGCAAGAGGCCAAGGAUAUCUUAAGUAUAUUUAUGCGAAUGAAGCAGCA